AGAAGUUAAAAAAGUACUCUGGCGUCUAGACACUGGAAUUAUAAUAAUUAUAUUAUUAUAUACAUUUAUCAUAUAGAAUCUAGAUCUAGAUCUAGAUCUAGUCAACAAAUAUGGCUUCCAUGGAUCAGAUUGAUGCAGGAGGUAACAUUAAUAGCAGAGUUGAACAGGACAAGCUUAAACUUCAAGACAAAGCAGGUCAUUCAUUGCCAAACUUGACUGAAAAAGAAUUUCGUUCUGAUGUAUACAAAAUGAAUUAUCCUAAAAGAGGCGUGGCAGUUAUUAUUAACAACAGAAGUUUUAACUCAAGGACAAAUAUGGGUGAGAGAGCAGGAACAGAUGUGGAUGCAGAGAGCAUGCACAGACUACUAAACAUAUUAGGUUUUGAGAUCAUACAACGUAAUAAUUUGACUGCGGAAGAAAUGCGUCUAAUACUGCAAACUGUGGCUGCGCAGGAUCACACUGACAACAGCUGUUUUGUCUGUAUUAUUCUCACCCAUGGAGAUGAAGGUUAUGUUUUUGGGACAGACAGAGAGGUGCUUUUUGAUGAUUUAGUUGCUCCAUUCAAGGGCAAUAAAUGCAAGUCUCUUGCUUCCAAACCAAAAAUUUUCUUAGUUCAGGCUUGCAAAGAACCAGAAUUUCAAGAAGAGGCUGAUACUGGAAUGGAAGUGGAAUCAGAAGGUGAAACAAUUGUUCAAAAGAUUCCAACUGAAGCAGAUUUCCUUGUUGUGUACUCAAUUGUUCCAGGAAGUUUGUCUUGGAGAAAUAAAGGAAAUGGGUCUUGGUUCAUUCAAGCAAUCGCUGAAAUAUUUGAAAAGAAUUACCAAACUCUGGACGUCAUGACUAUGAUGACUAGAGUAAUCAAAAAAGUGGCGAAAGAUUUUGAACAAAAUGCAAAAACUCUAUUUUUGGAAAGGAAAAGACAAAUACCUUGCAUAACAUCUAUGCUCACCAAGGAUGUCUAUUUUAAAAGUUAAAUUUGAAUGAUGCCUUUUAUUUCAUUCAAAAAUUUGUAAUUUUGUAAGAAGAAAUUAAAAGUUGGUGCAGCAGUUGUCCAUUGAACUUUACAAAAUGCAGCUAUAACUCAGGUUACUGAUGAGCAUUAUUGUAUUAACCAAUAGCAUGCAUUAGGUAGCUUUUUAAUUUGCUCAGUUGACAAUUUCUAAGAAAGCAGUUUUGAAAAUGGCGUUAUUUUACAUUGAUAUGGAUGCAAUUCCACCACAUAUGAUUCUAUAUAUAUCAUUAUUAAUUAUAUAUUUCAUUAUUUGGCUUUACUGUACUUACAUAGCUUCAUUAGGUAAUGAAGCAGAUAUGCCAUUGUAUAAUAAACUACAAAGACUAUGUGUGCAUUGAGAAAUAAAUAAAUAGAUCUUCAUUUAACCUGGUCCAGUUUUCUUACCAUUUGAUUAAAACUAACAAAAAGAUUUUUUUAUCCAUUGUAUUACAAAUUCAUAUCAAUCAUUAAAUUUAUCAAAGACUUUCCAAAAUAUAUUUUGUUU